UUGACUUCCUUCGGCAAUUGGAAGUUUGCCCUUUCUAAGAAUCCUACGCUUGUCGUGCACUGGCAUCAUUGAAGUUCCAGAGACAAUUAGUACGCUUCCGUGCCUGCAAAUGCUUGAGUUAAUAGAUUGUGAUGAGAUUCAAGAACUGCCGACACUUCCCACAAGUUUAAACAAUCUGCAAGUGUCAUCUAAAUCGUUGCGAGUAGUCCCAGACCUCUCGAAUUUGACUAAUUUGGUUACGUUGGACCUAUCUGAUGGCUAUUGUCAGAGUCAAGGAGGUAAAAUUUGUACCGGUGACUUAGGAGGGAUUGGGAUGUUAUCCAAACUGAAUAAGUUGGACUUGAAACUUCUCAGUGUCCCUGCUCCUUCUGAGUUGGCUUCCCUUUCUCAGUUGAAGGAACUUCAUUUGUCUGGUUUGGACCUGCGAACACUCGCGCAACUUCCAUCGUCUCUGUUAAAUUUAGGGCUCGAUAACUUCAAUUCAACCGUGUCACUCUCAUCCAAAUUAGAGAAUUUGUCAAGUUUAAUGCUCUCGUCUUUUCAAGUGCAAGAUAUUCAACUCGACGGGCUUCAACUUCAAAAUUUAACAGCGUUGGUUCUGGAAGGCGGUGAAUCCCUCCAGAGAUUCAGGCUGUCAAACAUGAGGAAGCUCAAAAUCGUCUGGGUAGAAAAUUGCCCAAAGCUAGUUGAGAUCCAACUUGCCGGGGUGUUCGAAUCAUUGGUGGAAUUUUCUAUCAAGCAGUGCAAGUCCUUGGGGUGGUUAGUGUAUGCCGGUGAAGUAGGGUCUGCUAAUGAGUUGAUUAUUGGGGAAGGGAGAGUAAUUCUUCUGUCGAGAGUGUUAAAUAAGUUGAGAUUUUUCACGCUUUCUGGUUGCCCAAAGAUACUCCAAAUUGAUGUUCUCGGUACAUCAGAAUCGUGGGAACAUUUUGUGGUCUGGAAUUGUCGUUAUUUGCAAAGUGUUUGUGGUUUAUCACACUUAAAGAAGCUCAAGGUUUUAGACAUCGUCUUAUGCGCUGGGCUACAGGUUGUCGAGGGCCUUGACGAGUUAGAGUUUUUGAAUAAAAUACAAAUUGGUGACUGCCCAUCAUUGGAAAGGUUGAUUGAUGUAUCAACCACCAAAUUGCCAAAUGAUUGCCGCAUAAACAUCUGCCACGGCGGGAAGAAAGGAUUCUUUGGCUCCGUCCAAUCUUUCAAGAAUAAUAAGGAUGAAGAGGCCGAGCGAAACAAAUCAGGUAGGAGGAAGGCACAUGGAUUGGGUUGCAUCAGUAACAGAUUUCUCUCUCUCUGUGGCGAUUCACAUAGAAGAGCAGAGUAAAACAAUCCUCUCUCGAUCCACAAAUUCCAGCAGCUUCUCUACCACCGAUCGACGCCGGAAUCCACCAUCUCCGAUCACGAGCAUUCACCGUCGCUUGCUUACCGUCACUGGCCACGGAGUUACAGAUUCACUUCACAGAGAACACACGCUUGAAGCUGGAAAAAGCCUCUCUCUCGGAUUCCUCUGAUCAAUAAAUUUCUCUCUGUUUUUCGGCCGAGAAGUCUAAAGCACUCUGGGUCCGUUCGAAGCUCCUUCUCCGGCGUUGUGGUUCAAUCACAGUUUGUGACCAGUAAGCGGACCUUACCUUCAUAUGCUCUGCUCUCAGCUAUUCUUGGAGAAACAAAAAAGGCGGACAAGUCUAAUUGAGAUUUGUGUGAAAUCUUCUCUUAUUACUGAUUUAUUAAUGAUCUGAACUCAUUUUGAUGCUGUUGUGAUAGCUCGGAUUGGAAUAGAUGCUUCGAUGUUGCAGUUAGAUCUCUUGUCCGAACUGGUCACCACGUGUUUGAUGAAAUGCCUGCAUCGCAUCAGUAUGAAUAUAGCUCCGAAUCUGAGUGAGUUCAUCUUGUCUGCUUGAAUGAUUCAAUGUACUGGUUGUAUAGGCUGCAGAAACCUUAUUGAUGUUAACCUUUGAGUCAUUUCCAAUGAACUCGGCCUUGAUACCUUUUCCAUGUUGAUUGCUGCUGAUGCUUUCAUUAGGAGUUGUUUGAGGUGCGGAAUUAUGCCUUUUGUGUGAAAGAACGAAUUCUUGUGAUGGCCGAUAAUGAUGGUGCACGCCA